CGAAUGUCUCGAUCGGUAUCAAAAUCAAAAUCGGUGUAGAACGUGUUGAGUUUAUUACUGUGAAUCGUUAUUAUUUUGUUGCAAUUGUUCUGAUUUGGAAAUAUUUGUGUAGAUUAAUCUUCAUGAGAAAUCAUGGAGAAAAUACCGAGGACACAUGAAGCGAUUGAAGCUCAAAUAAAAGAAAUUCAAUCUAAAAAGAAAGAAAUUCAAUCUGAAAAUGGCAACAACAAAGGUGUUUCCCUCGGUGAAACAUAUUACGACAGUGAUAUUUAUGACAGCCAGGGCCAGGGUGGCAAGUCAAGAUAUGAUGGAUAUGUAACUUCCAUUGCGGCCAAUGAUGAAGUGGAAGACGAGGAUGUGGAGAAUGUUCCCAUAUCCCAGAAAAGACCAGGAUACACCGCACCAGCUUCGUUAUUGAACGACAUCGCACAGAGUGACAAGGACUAUGACCCAUUUGCAGAUAAACGCCGCCCAACCAUUGCAGACAGGGAAGAUGAGUACAGGCAAAAAAGGCGUAGGAUGAUCAUUUCUCCGGAGCGUAUGGAUCCUUUUGCUGAAGGAGGAAAAACUCCUGAUGUUGGAUCCAGAACAUAUACUGAAAUUAUGAAAGAACAAUAUUUGCGUGCUGAGGAAACUGAGUUACGAAAAAAGCUGCUUGAAAGGGCAAGAGAGGGAACUCUCAAGCCAGUUGCACAAUCAAAUGGAGAAGCAAUUAAACCUGGGGCAAAACGCAAAGGGCGUUGGGAUCAGAGCUCUGAAGAUACUCCCUCGGUGAAGAAACCUAUAUCUGCUACUCCAAGCUCGCAAGCUACGCCGUCGUGGGAUAAUGAGAGAGGCGCAUGGGAGGAAACGCCUGGCGCUGCAGGUCGGGGCGGCGAGACGCCCGGCGCCACGCCGUCCGCCCGCGUGUGGGACGCCACGCCCGGACACAUCACGCCCGGACACGCCACGCCCGGCCGCGAGACCCCGGCCCAGCACGCCUCCAGGCGUAAUCGCUGGGAUGAGACGCCCAAAACUGACAGAGAAACUCCCGGGCACAACAGCGGGUGGGCCGAGACCCCGCGCACGGACCGGGGCGCCGGCGUGGACACUAUCCAAGAGACUCCCACCCCGGGCACCAAGCGGCGCUCGCGCUGGGACGAGACGCCCGGCGCCACGCCCGCGCCUGCCACGCCCACGCCCAGCCACGCCACGCCCAGCCACGCCACGCCCAGCCACACGCCCGGACACGCCACGCCAUCCACUCCGCACACGCCCGUCUUUACACCUGGAGGAUCAACGCCAGUGGGAAUGAAAGCCAUGGCCAUGGCCACGCCGACGCCAGGCCACGUGGCGGCCAUGACUCCGGAGCAGCUGCAAGCGUACCGCUGGGAGAAAGAAAUAGAUGAACGCAACCGUCCCUACACUGACGAAGAGCUAGAUUCCAUGUUCCCACCAGGGUACAAGGUUUUGCCGCCGCCUGCCGGUUAUGUUCCGAUUCGGACCCCGGCUCGUAAGCUGACCGCAACGCCUACCCCCUUGGCUGGUACCCCAAUCGGCUUUUUCAUGCAGACGGAGGAUGUGGGCGGGUCGGCCGCGGCGGCCGCGCGCCUGCUGGACCCGCAGCCUAAGGGGAGCCAGCAACUGCCCUUCAUGAAGCCGGAGGACGCUCAGUACUUUGACAAACUGCUCAUUGACGUCGACGAGGAAACGCUCUCGCCCGAGGAACUCAAAGAAAGGAAGAUCAUGAAACUCUUACUCAAAAUCAAGAACGGCACCCCGCCUAUGUGCAAGGCGGCGCUGCGCCAGAUCACAGACAAGGCGCGCGAGUUCGGCGCCGGGCCGCUGUUCAACCAGAUCCUGCCGCUCCUCAUGAGCCCCACGCUCGAGGACCAGGAGCGCCAUCUGCUGGUCAAAGUUAUUGACAGGAUUCUGUACAAACUUGACGACUUGGUGCGCCCGUAUGUGCACAAGAUUUUGGUCGUGAUUGAACCUCUUCUCAUCGAUGAAGAUUACUACGCGCGCGUGGAAGGUCGUGAGAUUAUCUCUAACUUGGCCAAGGCCGCCGGUCUAGCCACCAUGAUUUCCACCAUGAGACCUGAUAUCGACAACAUCGAUGAAUACGUGAGAAACACUACAGCCAGGGCGUUCGCCGUCGUUGCUUCAGCUUUGGGUAUACCUUCUCUACUGCCCUUCUUGAAGGCUGUGUGCCGAUCAAAGAAGUCGUGGCAGGCGCGCCACACUGGUAUAAAGAUCGUGCAACAGAUCGCCAUUCUGAUGGGGUGUGCCAUAUUACCGCAUCUUAAAUCACUCGUCGAAAUUAUUGAACAUGGUUUGGUCGACGAGCAACAAAAAGUCCGUACUAUCACUGCGUUGGCGAGCGCCGCCUUGGCCGAGGCAGCCACGCCGUACGGUAUCGAGUCCUUCGACUCGGUCCUCAAGCCCCUGUGGAAGGGUAUCCGCACCCACCGAGGCAAAGGUCUGGCUGCCUUCCUCAAGGCCAUCGGUUACCUGAUCCCCUUAAUGGACGCCGAAUACGCCAACUAUUACACGCGUGAAGUGAUGUUGAUUCUCAUUCGUGAGUUCCAGUCGCCCGAUGAGGAAAUGAAGAAGAUUGUACUAAAGGUAGUGAAACAGUGUUGCGGCACCGACGGUGUAGAACCACAAUACAUUAUGGACGAAAUCUUACCACACUUCUUCAAGCACUUCUGGAACCAUCGUAUGGCUCUCGACAGGCGUAACUAUCGACAGCUUGUUGACACUACGGUUGAAAUUGCUAAUAAGGUGGGCGCUUCAGAAAUCAUUAACAGAAUAGUAGACGAUCUCAAAGACGACAACGAGCAGUACCGCAAGAUGGUGAUGGAGUCGAUCGAGAAGAUCCUCGCCAACCUGGGCGCCGCCGACAUCGACUCCAAGCUCGAGGAGGCUCUUAUUGACGGCAUCCUGUAUGCCUUCCAAGAACAGACUACAGAAGAUGUGGUAAUGCUGAACGGGUUCGGCACAAUAGUAAACCAGCUCGGCAAGCGCGUGAAGCCGUACUUACCCCAAAUAUGCGGUAUCAUCCUGUGGCGCAUGAACAACAAGUCGGCCAAGGUGCGCCAGCAGGCCGCCGACCUCAUCUCGCGCAUCGCCGUCGUCAUGAAGACGUGUCAGGAGGAAAAAUUGAUGGGUCAUCUUGGAGUUGUCCUCUACGAAUAUUUGGGUGAAGAGUACCCGGAAGUGCUGGGUUCCAUCCUGGGGGCGCUGAAGGCGAUCGUGAACGUCAUCGGCAUGACCAAAAUGACGCCGCCCAUCAAGGAUCUACUACCGAGAUUGACGCCCAUCUUGAAGAACAGGCACGAAAAAGUACAAGAGAAUUGCAUUGAUCUAGUCGGACGUAUCGCAGACAGAGGUCCAGAGUUUGUCUCGGCCAGAGAGUGGAUGAGAAUAUGUUUCGAGCUGUUGGAGCUUCUCAAGGCCCACAAGAAAGCCAUCAGGAGAGCCACUGUUAACACCUUCGGUUACAUUGCCAAAGCUAUUGGACCUCACGACGUGCUGGCGACCUUGUUGAACAACUUGAAAGUUCAGGAGCGACAAAACAGAGUGUGCACAACAGUCGCCAUUGCGAUUGUCGCCGAGACGUGCUCACCGUUCACAGUAUUGCCGGCUCUCAUGAACGAGUACCGGGUGCCGGAGCUGAACGUCCAGAACGGCGUGCUGAAGUCCUUGUCCUUCUUGUUCGAGUACAUCGGCGAAAUGGGCAAGGAUUAUAUUUACGCCGUGUGCCCGUUGCUCGAAGAUGCUCUUAUGGAUAGAGAUCUAGUGCACAGACAAACGGCGUGCGCGGCGAUAAAGCACAUGGCGCUCGGCGUGUACGGGUUCGGGUGCGAGGACGCGCUGGUGCACCUGCUCAACCACGUGUGGCCCAACAUCUUCGAGACGUCGCCACAUCUAGUGCAGGCCUUCAUGGACGCCGUCGAGGGCAUGCGCGUCGCGCUAGGGCCCAUCAAGAUACUGCAGUACGCGUUACAAGGUUUAUUUCAUCCAGCCAGAAAAGUCCGCGACGUUUACUGGAAGAUCUACAACACGCUGUACAUCGGCGGCCAGGACGCGCUCGUGGCCGGGUACCCGCGGAUACAAAACGAUCCAAACAAUCACUUUAUACGAUAUGAAUUAGAUUACUUGCUGUAACAAUAACACAGUCUACACAUUUAUAGUGCGUGAUGCUAUUCACUAUACUUAUGGUUUUAUUUUGCCGAGAGUUAAAUAAUUUAAAAGACUUGUUUAAAUGUUUAUAUUUUAUUUUGUCAAUAGCUAUAGUUGCUGUUCAUGCAUAAGUGUAGCCGCUGUGCACGAAGAGUUUCAUAUAAUCGUCAUGCAAGUGUGAUUGUUAGUGACCUCCAUGCGCGACGGCAAUAUAAAAUAGUACGCAAACGUCGAUAAAGAUGUACCUAAUGUAUGAUUUAUAAAAUUUGAAAGAAAUAAAAAAUCUUUUCUCAAAAAUGGACGGCAAAGUCAACGUUGCCGGUUAAAAAGUAGGUCGCGAAGUGCGUUGUUUAUGGUCAGUCAAAAAAUUAAAAAGUUAAAAACAUUGCAGUCUCGAUUUUGGGACUGCAAUGUUGCAUACAAAUUCCAUUAUUUGUCGAGUUCCAAACUUUUUAAAAGUUGGAAGUGGCCAUAUCAAAUGAAGGCAUAGGUCCAUUAAACAGCCAAACAGAUGAUCAGUACUUAUUAUUAUAAUGUUGGUACCGCGACUAUUUAGGUGUCUCGCCGGAAGAUCAGCGCCGACACUUGGGUCGGCAUUAUGCUGAGGCGAGCCCAUUUCGUGGUAAACACUGCAAAUAUGUUUUUUUUUUAAUUUUCCUUGUAAUGCUAGUAUGUAAGUUUAUCACGAAAUAAAUGAUUUAUGAUCAAAUAGGUUGGCGUAUUUUCAGCAGAAAAAUACACUUCUAUUUUUAAAUUUAAAAAAUAAAACGGCGGCAAAGCAAAUUUUAUUACUUUUUUCUGUGAAAAUAUAUACAUAAGAACGUUGCUUCUGUAAAAUAUUUCUAUUAUAUUUGUAUUUAUUGCGCCAUUUUUGAGAAAAGCACUAUAUAUGACUGCUGUAAGGCUACCUGCUGGCGUCGGAUUCAAUUAAACGGACUCCCAAGGUCGUCCGUUUAAAACGAAUCCUCAGCCAGUAAGUAGCUACUUCCGAGUCUCGACAAUAAUGUACUACUUCUCAAAAAUGGACGGCAAAGUCGACGUUGCCGGGUAAAAAGUAGGUCGCGAAGUGCGUAGUUUAUGGUCAGUCAAAUAAUUAAAAAGUAAAAAACAUUGUAGUCUCGAUUUCGGGACUGCAAUGUUGCAUACAAAUUCCAUUAUUUGUCGAGUUUCAAACUUUUAAAAAGUUGAAGUGGCCAUAUCAAAUGAAGGCAUGGGUCCAUUAAACAGCCAAACAGAUGAUCAGUACUUAUUAUUAUAAUGUUGGUACCGCGACUAUUUAGGUGUCUCAAAUAGGUUGGCGUAUUUUCAGCAGAAAAAUACACUUCUAUUUUUAAUUUAAAAAAUAAAAAGGCGGCAAAGCAAAUCUUUUUACUUUUUUCUGUGAGAAUAUAUACAUCAGAACGUUGCUUCUGUAAAAAAAUUAUAUUAUAUUUGUAUUUAUUGCGCCAUUUUUGAGAAAAGCACUAUAUAUGACUCGGCUGGAAGGCUACAUGCUGGCUUCGGAUUCAAUUAAACGGACUCCCAAGGUCGUCCGUUUAAAACGAAUCCUCAGCCAGCAAGUAGCUACUUCCGAGCCUCGACAAUAAAGUACUAUUGUGCGCGGCAGCGGCACUUUUAGUCAUGUUGACAGCACCUACCUACAUUGGAAAUAUAAGAUAUCUCAUUUUAUUAUAACAUCUCAUUUCACCAAAAAAAACAUUCAAAACUUAGUUACCCAUAUGACAUGUAAUGUAACCAGUUGUUUAUAACAAUGUAAUUGACUUCUAUAAAAUCUGGUCAGUCACUAACAUAAUAAGUCUUACAAAAGAUCAUUUACUUUCACGAAUGAAAUACGCUCUUUACGAGUACAAUAACUCCGUCUUAUUAUCUGUCUGUACCGUGUAUUUUCUGCCUGUACUAGUAAACCUGUGAGGUUAUUUGACUCAUAAAUAUUAGGUAAAAUUGUUAAGAAUAAAGAGUAUAAAAGA